GAAUUAUAGUAGAAUGACGGCGAAAUCCUCCAAUGAGAACGCGGCAUUGUACGUUCAACGUAUAUAAGACAUUUCUGCCGUUUUUUCUUUCUUUGGAAAUAUGUCGGCUGACUAUGAAAACAGGGAUAAUGGCCCAGAGGGCAUGGAGCCAGAUGGCAUCAUCGAGAGCAACUGGAACCAGAUCGUGGACAGUUUCGAUGAGAUGAACUUGCGCGAAGCUCUGCUCAGGGGAAUUUAUGCCUAUGGUUUUGAGAAGCCAUCUGCUAUUCAGCAAAGGGCUAUUAUCCCUUGUAUCAAGGGUUAUGAUGUGAUUGCUCAGGCCCAGUCUGGCACUGGGAAGACUGCCACCUUUGCCAUUUCCAUUCUCCAGCAGAUUGAUGUGGAGAUGAAAGCCACCCAGGCGCUGGUUCUGGCUCCUACCAGGGAGCUGGCACAGCAGAUUCAGAAAGUGGUGCUAGCCCUGGGUGACUACAUGGGAGCCAGUUGCUACGCCUGCAUUGGAGGCACCAACAUCCGCAGUGAGGUCCAGAAGCUGCAGGCUGAAGCCCCCCACAUCGUGGUGGGAACCCCUGGGCGAGUCUUUGACAUGCUGACUCGUAAAAAUCUCUCGUCCAAAAACAUCAAGAUGUUUGUGCUUGAUGAGGCCGAUGAGAUGCUGAGUCGAGGAUUCAAGGACCAAAUCUAUGAGAUCUUCCAGAAAUUGUCCAGCAACAUCCAGGUUGUCCUCCUGUCGGCCACAAUGCCAGCUGAUGUCUUGGACGUCACAAAGAAAUUUAUGCGGGAACCCAUCCGGAUCCUGGUGAAGAAGGAGGAGCUGACCCUGGAGGGCAUUCGCCAGUUCUACAUCAAUGUGGAGAAAGAGGAGUGGAAGCUGGACACACUGUGCGACUUGUAUGAAACCCUGACGAUCACACAAGCAGUCAUCUUCAUCAACACCAGGAGGAAAGUAGACUGGCUGACUGAGAAGAUGCAUGCCAGAGACUUCACCGUCUCUGCUCUGCACGGCGACAUGGACCAGAAGGAGAGAGACUUGAUCAUGAGGGAGUUUCGCUCUGGUUCCAGUAGAGUUCUGAUCACCACUGACCUGCUGGCCAGAGGGAUUGAUGUUCAGCAGGUGUCCCUGGUUAUCAACUAUGACCUGCCAACCAACAGAGAAAACUACAUUCACAGGAUUGGUCGUGGCGGUCGCUUUGGCAGGAAAGGAGUAGCCAUCAACAUGGUGACCGAGGACGACAAACGAACCCUGAGGGAUAUUGAAACAUUCUACAACACCACCGUGGAAGAGAUGCCCAUGAAUGUGGCCGACCUCAUCUAGCUUCACCAUGCCCAACAUCAACCCCAACCUGCUUAUUUUAGAAGUGAAGUCCUGUUUUGCUAUGUGAUCGAAAUUUUAAACUUCAAUGAAUUUCACUGAUCUGUAAUCCAAAUAUUUGAAAGUGUUUUUUUUUUAUUAUUAUUAUUUUUUGCCUAUUUGGAAGGAUAGCUUACUGAACUGUUUCAUCUGUUCACCAUAGUUGUCAUAGACCUUCAUGCAUCAGCUGAACUCUCCUUCAGAUCAGAUCUGCCUUCAUCUGUAAUACAUUGAUAAAAGCGAUCUUUGGUUCA